AACGAGGUCACCGUAUUAAGAUACGACUAGUUGGUGUGCUGUUAAAGAAACCUUUAUCGUCCCAAGGUUGACGUCUCUGCACAAAGACGAAAGCGACAGACAAUUACCUUGCUUUGAACUAGAUCCCCACAAAGACUUUCUAUUCUCAUACGGGCACGGACAAGCACUCGUCGCGAAACGCAGAAGUCUCGUCUCGUCCCCGUCUACGACCAGCUUCCAGUUGGAUAACGUAACUUCGUUUAUAUCCACAUCGAAUCUGACCGCAAACGACAAGAAAUACCGCCUGUCACUAUAUCAUACAGGCAUACCUAUACCAUCGGCAGAUCGUUCUGCAUCGCUUUGGCUUAAGGGCAUGACCUCGAGUCGCUUGUCGCUCUUUUGUCAAGACAAGCUUCCGACGACUGUGCGUGCGACACACCGAAUGCCAUGGCUACCAUUGCUCUCCCCCGACCAAUCCCUGCCCACCGAGCCUCCUCGGGUCUCUCUCUGAGCUCGUCUUCCAUUGCCAUAGACAGCCUCAACGCGAACCCAGUACCGAAUAAACAUCUACCAGUAUGCCCUCCGGGUCCCGUCCCAAGAUCCGCGUCUCACCCUCACGAUAACCACCCACCAACGCUCGAGUCCCUCGAUUCCGACCAUGCUGCCGUUACCGAAUUAUCUCAAUCGAUCCUGUUUCCUCCUGAUGCUUUCCCACGCUUGGGGUCUGCCGAUGGCGGCAGCCUUGUCGUCUACCAGCUCACCCCCAGAGACAUAGCCGACGCUCUAGAUCACAUUGCGAGGCAACCUUUGCCAGACCCUUCAGCAGUCUUCCCAUGGCUGCACGGCCUGCAUCCCCAGAACCACAUCCAGCAGGCAUUCUUUGUCCAGCGUCGCCGUUCUUUACGCCGGACGCCUCACUGUCUGCGCAGCGUGACACUCGUCAAGGCCGAUGGUGAUCUCAGCACCUCGCGGCUCAAGGGAGCCAUUGCUCCUCAAGAGUUUCUGCAGAGUGAUGCUGCCGAGUUUAUCGAUGUUGAUCCCAAAGACGGAUUCUCUGUCCGUAACUUUCAGAUUCAGUCAGCGAAAUCCGCCAUGACUUCAGACAUAGUAGUGUACGGCGAUGACGAACCCCUGGUGCGUAAGGUCGGCUGGGACAUAGCCAAUGCACAACAAGCUUGGCGCCAGAAGCAUAUAGACCAAGGCGAUCUGGCGCUCCCAGAGUACAACACCUUUGUGUGCCUUUCGCGCUUCUCCAACUUUGAGAAGAAUCACCCAGAGAUAGUGGCUGUUGAUUCCGGCGGCCGCUUGACCGGCAGAGUCGUCGAUCUCUUUACCCAAGAGAGAAGGGAGAUGUACGCCAUGACCAAGGCUUCCGAGAUUGCACCAAAUGUUUUUCUCGGCCCAACGCCUGACCCAUCUUCGGGCGAGGAUCAGGACUACGAUAUUUUCAUAGAGUGCAACGAUAUGGCUCAACUGAGCCCAGUCUGCCUCCAGGCACUCGUCGGGAUGCCCGAUGAGGUGAUACAGCAAAUGUUUCUCGAAUUCCCAUCAUCGGGUUCCAUCCUGCCGCCAACCUGGUCCCAGACCGAGGCAGACGGUAUUCUGGACACAUGUAAAUGGCUUUACCACCUCGCCCAAGGGACCUGUCCGGACCCAGUCGAUAUCGACGAUGAUGAAGCUAUGACGGAGACCAGCAGCCGGUCAAAAUUCCCACCCCGAAAGAUUCUUAUUCACUGCCAGGACGGGUAUACCGAGUCCACGAUGCUUGCAAUUGCCUAUGUCAGCUAUGCGACGGGGAUGCCCGUCCCCGAAGCGUGGUUGCACUUGCACAGGGUCAAGAAGCGAAAUUUCUUUGCGUACCCGACAGAUGUUGCUCUGCUAACGGCGAUAGCGCCCCGGUUGUUGUCUUCGUCUCCUGUUCAUGCAGACACCACCAGCUUAGCUGAAAUGACUGCAAUGUUGCAGAGCGAACGGAAUGAACCAAAGUGGCUGGCCGGACUCGAUGGGUCUUUGCCCAGUAGGAUCUUAGAUUAUAUGUAUCUCGGGAACCUCGGCCACGCAAACAACCCCGAUCUUCUGCGAGAAUUAGGUAUCGGACAGAUCUUGAGUGUUGGAGAGACAGCGAUGUGGCGUGAUGGCGAGCUGGAACAGUGGGGACCAGAAAAUGUCUGUAUCGUCGAGAACGUCCAAGACAACGGAAUCGACCCUCUGACGUGCGAGUUCCAGCGGUGUUUGGAAUUCAUUGAACGCGGCCGCCGCAAUGGUACAGCAACCCUUGUUCACUGCCGCGUAGGCGUCUCACGCAGCGCGACAAUCUGCAUCGCCGAGGUCAUGAAGGAGCUGAAACUUUCAGUGCCACGGGCGUACAGCUUUGUUCGUGCACGCCGCCUGAACGUCAUUAUCCAGCCACACCUGCGCUUCGCGUAUGAGCUUCUGAAGUGGGAGGAAUUGUUGCAGCUGCACUGGAACGGCGAGAUCCAACGCGAGCUCGAGUGGAGCGAGAUUACACGCGAGAUCGCCCUCAUGAACCGGCCGUACGCCCGAUGAUUGCCGGUUGCUCAGUGGAAUGCUAACUGCGUUCCCCUCUCAUCUUCCCCCUGAGACGUAAACGUGAAAGGGCCAUUCUUUGAGCCCAAAUUAAGCAGAAGCAGUAGCUUUCUCGUUGAUGUGGUGUGUGCUUAACGACGAUACGAGGAAAAUGCUUCACGAAAACCCAUCCUUUUCUUUUCUGGGUUCUUGGAUUCGUUUGGCCGGUUAGACAGACGGAAUCGGGAGCUCUUGCUUUUCUUGUUGCUUUAUCUUUUGGCAGAGAUGACACUCGCUAUCACAGCGUGGGCUACCAAGUGUUUGUAUAUGACUUUGAAGGAAUCUCGAGGAAAGCGUGGGGUGUGGGGGAAGUGUUGUGGUUUCGUCAAAUUUGCGCCUCGGCUUUAGGAUUCUUUUCUGGAUUCUUUCCUGUUUGUUUUGUUAGUUCAUCUUGCUUGGGUAUUUACUGGGGUUUUCUUUUUUUUUUUUUCUUCUUUUUGUGGAGUUUUAUGGAAACGGCCUUUCUUACGAAUGUAUUGUUGGCGAUAUUCAUGACUCGAUAUGGGUUUUCUUCUCCCUCCCAACCACAACUACAACUGCAACUAUAACAAGAUUUGCCUGGACAAGGUGUUUUUUUGGAAACAAGGGGCUGGCUUCUCGAUGCGUGUGAUAUUCCAUACUGGUUUUUAUGCCUUGGGACGUGGUGUCCUUGGUCACGCGUGUCCCUAGACCUUGUCCACGUCUUUCGCAUGUUUUCACAAGCUUGGAUUUAGUGAUGAUGAUUCUGUUUUCA